AUGCCGGCACCAUAUUCACAAGCGGUUUUCUUGGGUCCCGCGCCAGACGCCUACCCUCAAUGGGAAAAAUACGUCAAAGAGGGCUUCCUGGCGAGUCUAUCAAGUGAUGCGCCUGGCUCUCGAGCGGCGGCGUACAAUAUAAUCCCGAACCCCAUGGGACGCCUACCCCCCGAUGAUAGCACCUCGCUCAUCCUCCUAGAAAGUGAAAAUCUGCGAUGCCUACAAAGGGACGACCUGCAUGCGUUGACACAGCUUAGCGCGUCACCGGUCGAUAGCAGAUCAUAUGAACGUAUUGAAUCAUUCGAUCCACUUGGGUUGGGUCCGGCUGAAGCCGACCCGGCCGAUAUUGACGAAUAUAUCGAGUUCUAUCGGGAAGAUCAUGCCCCGAUGAUGGCGAAGCAUCCGGGAUACCUACGCACCACGUUGUACCGCCUAAAGGGUGUACAGGAGGGACAGGUUGAUGACCCAGCUCCUCUCAUGAUAAUUCAUGAGUUUCGACAUCUUGAGGGACUCGGUGGCCAGAUUACCAAAGACAGCAUUGAAACCGAGUUCGCUAAACGGGUGUUUUCUAAGGUUAGAUCGAUGAAGGCCAGGACGAUGAAGCUCGUCUAUGCUCAUGAUCGUUGA